CCAGUCCAACUUCCGCGCGUCUGGUGGGCAGGAGCUUGCGGGGCAUCUGCUCGCGGGUCCUCCCUGGGUCCCGCCACAGUUGGGAAGAGGGAGCGGUGCGCCCCGCCCCCGAGGCCCCGCCCCGUCCCGUCCCAGCUUCACUGGCCAGAGGUCUCGGGGCCCCGGAGGCGGCCAGCCGGUCUGGGCCCCCGCGAUGUCGCAUGGAUCGGGACUCGUCCGGACCACGUGCAGCAGCGGCGGCGCGCCGGGGCCAGGCCAGCCCUCGGAGGGACUGCUGGACGCGGUGUACCCGCGCACCCACGGCGCCCUGCUCAAAGUGGCGCAGAUGGUCACCCUGCUCAUUGCCUUCAUCUGUGUGCGAAGCUCCCCUCGGAUCGACUUCGGCGCCUACAGCUUCUUUGAAGUCGUCACCAUCUGCGACCUAAUAAUGAUUCUCAUCUUUUACCUGGUCUACCUCUUCCGUUUCUACCGAGUGCUCACCUGCAUCAGCUGGCCCCUGUCGGAACUUCUGCACUAUUUAAUCGGCACCCUGCUUCUACUCAUCGCCUCCAUCGUGGCGGCCUCCAAGAGUUACAACCAGAGUGGCCUGGUGGCGGGAGCGAUCUUUGGGUUCCUGGCCAGCUUCCUCUGCCUGGCAAGCUUGUGGCUGUCCUACAAGAUCACUUACAUAACCCAGUCGACAGAUGCAUCUGCCUGACAAGGCCAUCGCCCUCUGUCCCCUCAAAAGGACCUGCAGAAUGCAGGCUCACCCCAGGAGGACCCCAGGUAUGACUAUGGACUGCCCAGGUGACAAGACUUUGCCCAGACACUGGGCUGCUGAGCAUCAAGCAGCCCCAGCCUCCUUCCAGCCUGCCACAGAGGACAGCCUCCACUCUGGGCUCUUAGCACACACACUCGGGUACCAAGGACUGCACUGAGUACAGUGGAGAGACUUCCGGAUCCGCCUUUGUUCAUCCCCUCAGGACCAGAGUCCUCGUGGAAGCAGUGGAGCCUAAUUUAUCUGGCCUAUCUAUCAAUCUGGUCGGGAAGAGCCUCUGUCCUAAGUGAGGAGCCAGCAGCAACACUAUGCGGCCGCUCUGUUUCUCGGGUCCCUGUCGCUGCCUUUGUGGUGGUGUGGGGGGGGGGAGGGUGUGGUUUU